AUGUUGUAGUCAGUAUUUCGAUCGCCCUCUCUCUCCCUCUCUUUCUCGAUAUUCAAUCACUCGCAAUCCUUCUGUUUCUUCGAUUUUUUAUUCUGCUACUUCAUUGGUUUACUCAAUUUCAUCGACAAUGAAUUUCUUCGGGAACAACAACAACAACACCCAGGACGCCGCUGCCCAGAAGGCGGAGGAGACCAAGGCUUCCACCAUGGACAUCGCUGGGGCCGCCCAGAACAAGGCCCAAGACGCCGCUGGAGCUGCAGGUGACAAGGCCAAUGAAGCCAAGGAGGCUUCGGCCAACGCUGCGGGAGCGGCCCAGGACAAGGCCUCGGAUGCUGCGGGAGUCGCGCAGGAUAAGGCUAGCCAAGCGCAGAGCCUUGCUGGUGAGAAAUUGCAGCAGACACAGCAGGCUUCAGCAAAUGCGGCCCAUGCCGCACAGCAGAAGGCCAUGGAGGCCAAGGAUGGAGCUGGAAACAUGCUGCAGCAGACUCAGAAUGCUGUGGGCAACGCACUCAACGCUGCCAAGAACGCAGUUACCCCCAACCAAUAGAUUUUUCUUUGUUCAGUCGCUCAACAAUGAUGAUUAACUCUUUCGAUGAAAGGGUAGACAAGAGAACUGUAAAUUGCCGUGUACUGUAUAGGUCACGCCGCUUUGUAUGUAAUACAAGAGCUCGCAAGAGCGUUCAGUUUUUUAUC